GAGACAGAUUAAAAAAAAAUUAUUAUGGCAGAACUGCAAGACGACUUUCUGACAUGCUACGACGUGUUAGAAAGCGUUGGGAACUUCAUGGCAUCCGUCCUAGUUGGAUAGGAGAAGAAAUCUUUCGGGAACUUCUUAAAUAUUGGGAGAGUGAUGAGUUUGCGGCCAAAUCUGAAAAUGCAAAGAAGAUGAGAGCAUCUGAAAAGGGUGGUUGCCUUAAUGCUGUUGGAAGUAUAAGCACUGCUGAGCAUGUUCGUCGCAUGACUAAGGAAUUAAAUAGACCUCCACUUAUGACCGAGCUGGUUGCGAGGACUCGGAAAAAGAAAACAGGAGCUUUUGUUGACAGUCGUACACAAAAAGCUAUGGAUGAUUAUCAGGCAUUGCUUGUACAAUUUCUGACUGCUAAUCCUAAGUAUACUCCAAGACCGGGAGAGCCGCUUCAUCCAGAUGUAGAUUUUUAUCUUUGGAGUAAAGUCAUUGGCGGCAAGGGGCCUAACGGGUGUUUUUUUGGUGGUGGAAAUUUGGCAGGCACCUUGAGAUCUGAUGAUAGAACUCUAUAUCAAAGAGUUCUCGACGGGGAAGGAGGUUCACGUCCUGUAACUUUAACAGAUGAACAGAGAGACACUGUAAGACAAUUGACAAUAAAUGAGGUGAGGCGUGAGGCGGCGGAACGUGAAGCGGCACUGAAAGCCCAAAUGGAGGCCCAAAUGAGGGCAAUGCGGAGUGAGCAUCAGCGGGAAAUGGAGGUCAUGGCGAAAAGACAAUCGGAUAUGGAGGCACAAAUGCGACAAUUUAUGCAAUCUUUUGGUGGAAACCAAAAUACGGGGAGUUCUGCGCCGACUGAUCAGGAAAAUCUAAAUGAGGAUGAGUUUCCCGACCCGGAUUGA